AAUAGACGAGAGAAGAAGCAAAACGUGAAUCGGCAGUUACCCCAGAAGAAAUCAAGGCUAAUUCUCCGAACAUGGAUGUGACAGAGACGCAACAGAUAACAGCAGCAAGGACGAUGGAGAAGGUGGUCGUUCAUCCACUCGUCUUGCGUAAUAUCGUAGACAACUACAACCGCGUCGCUGAAAAGUCAGGCAAGCGCCUUGUCGGUGUUCUUCUAGGCGAGAGCUCCGGUGGUAUCGUUGAGGUCGUCAACAGCUACCAUGUGCCCUUCAAGGAGGAUGACAAUGACUGGUUUCUUGAUCACAGACACCACAGUGCAAUGUUGCAACGGUUCGACGGCAUUAAUGACAUGGUUGGUUGGUACAGCACAGGCUCUGAACUUAGAGAGAAUGAUCUGGAUGUUCAUGCUCAGUUCUGCAGCUAUGCUCCCAAUCCAGUUCUCGUCGUUAUCGAUGUAGGACUUGGAAUUCCCACUAAUGCUUACUAUACCAAGUCCAACCCCAACCUCGAGGCUUCUCUUCAGAAAAUCGAGGAGAAAGUCUUUGUUCGUGCGUCAGUAGAAAUCGCUCCUGAAGCCAAGGAUUUUGCCGAUGAAUAUCUGCUCAGUGAGUUGAAAGAUGCUCGCCCCCCCAAGAGAUUGACAUUGGGAGGUGUGAGCUAUGUGGAUGCGAUGGAGUCGUACCUGGAGUUCUACAAAAAACAGGUUAGGAUCAGCGUCGAGGGAUAUGACAUGUCCCUUCUAGCACCUGAUCUCUACAUUUCCUUGGAGAACCACUUCAGCUCCUGUGGAACAGUGGAGUUCGUGGAGGUGCCGAGAGAUCCGGUGACCAAGGCCAUUAGCGGCAGGAGUAGCACUGUGGCUCUCCGCGGGGAAGGUGCAGAAGAGAAGGCCUUGGCACUCAACGGAAGUGACUUGGGAGGAUGGAGAGCAUCAGUCAAGAUCUUACCACCAGCGCUAGCUAGUCUGAGAUCUGGCUUGACUACUCGUGAAGCGGCACGUCAAUACAUCGCCCACUUUAAACGAAACAAGUAAAUUUAUCUACUCAUGUUUUUCUCUUGCAUUAUUAUGUUUUUAAUUGUGCUGACAAAAUCAUUAU